AUGGCGCCAGCUACCGUCUCGACGCCGCAGAAGCGCAAGGCUUCACUCGCGCAAGCCUCAGCGUCCAAGCGCACACGAUCCGUCUCCAUCUCCGUCAAGGUCUCCCAUGAAGCAACGAACCACGAAGGCCCCAGCAGCCCAGGCCUCUAUAUCGUACCCAAGAAUCGACAAGCGCGUCUGGGUGGUUUACCGGAAGAGCUUGUCCUGGAGAUCAUGGAGGAUGUGAAAGAGAACGGCGGUGACAAGGCACUCUCGAUGCUGUGUCUCACGGAUAAGCGCUGCAAGCGAAUCGCAGAGGUGGUGUUGUACAAGAUUAUAGACGUCGAUGAAUCUGAGUCGGAAUGUGUCAGAGCAGCGGCGAUCGCUAGAAACGCUCUGCUCCCCAGGCAUGCUCGCUAUAUUGGUCUCGAUUUUUACGAAAAAUCAGUUGAGAGCGUCAAAAGGGAAACAUUCAUCAAGAUCCUUGCCAACGCACACGACGUCCGAUACAUUCGCUUGACAGAGUGGCGUGACCGGCCCACCAAACAUGAUGAGCUUGCGCACACCUUGGGAUGGUUGCAGACCCUGAACAGCGCUGUUGCGCGACCCGUCCUUGGCAAUGUCAAUCGAUUCGCUAAGCUUAAGGGCCUUACCAUCAUAGCCAGCAAUCUCUCGGUGGAUGAGCUUUCCUGUGUGUUCCGUCUUCCCUCUCUCGAAUCACUUACCCUCAGGGAGGUAUAUCAAACAACACCUUUCAAGAACUGGUCGGUUCCCGAGUCGAGCAGCUCCAUACGGAAACUUUGCCUGGACGACGCCAUGAUGGAUAUUUCUGCUCUUGCGCAAACGCUGCUCGCGGUCAAGGCCCUCCACAGCUUUGAGUACCACCGCAGUACCGAGAGGUGGGAGCCAUUCGCCGUAGAAGGCAAUCCUUUAUCAAUAUGGCCCAAGCAUUCCUGGAAACUCCUGGGUAAUGCGUUUAGGAGACACCAACACUCCUUAGAAGCAGUGUAUGCGACCGACGAUAGCGACAAAGACAUCCUAGACCUGGUGUAUCCUGACGGUCGAGAAAUUGAUACCCUGGGAUCUUUCCGAGACUUUCCGAGGCUAAAGUGUUGCCAUGUUCCGGUAGAGGCAUUCCUUGAUCCUAGGACUGGUGAAAGCGAUCUCUCAUUGUAUCUACCACCGCAAGUGGGAAAGGCUGGCACCAAGGUCGCGCCGAAGCGUCCAUGCUGUAAAUGCAGUUUUUGA